AUGUGUAUUAGCCUGACACGCUUGGAAACAGUUUUUGCAAUGUUAGUUGAAAUAACUGAACGUGCAAUGGCACAUUGUGGUUCAAAAGAAGUUUUAAUAGUUGGAGGUGUUGGAUGUAAUGAACGUUUACAACAAAUGAUGAAUAUAAUGGUUAAUGAAAGAAAAGCUAAAUUAUUUGCGACAGAUGAACGUUUUUGUAUUGAUAAUGGGGCUAUGAUUGCUCAGGCUGGUUGGGAAAUGUAUAAUUGUGGAAUGAAUGCUCCCAUAAAAGAAUGUACAUAUACACAAAGGUAUAGAACUGAUCAAGUUAAUGUUUUGUGGAGAGAAAAAUAA